CGUAAUGAUUAUACAAUGCCUGAUGAACAUCAUACAUGGGCUAGGCCCACUUUAUAUUCUGUUAGGCCCAAUCAUUUCGUUCAAAUAUAUCUCCACCGAUCAAAGAGCUUCAUCUUCAUCUUCUCCACCGCCAAAAAUGGCGUCAUUAUCAUCGAGAAAGUCGAGACACGAAAGCGAGUUCCAAAUCCAAAAAACGCAGCUCUUCUCGUCAUUGACAUGCAGAAUCACUUCUCCUCAAUGGCCAAAACCAUCCUCAACAAAGCUCUCACCACCAUCGACUUAUGCCGACGAGCUUCGAUCCCUGUCUUCUUCACGCGCCACAACCACAAGUCCCCGACCGACCACGGCAUGCUCGGAGAGUGGUGGGACGAGGAUCUAGUCCUCGACGGAACCUCGGAUUCCGAGAUCAUCCCGGAGUUACACUCCCAAAUAGUACUCACCAAACCAGACGAGAUCGUGGAGAAGAGCACGUACAGCGCGUUUCACAACACGCGGCUACAGGAAAAGCUGGAAAAGAUCGGGGUGAAGGAGGUGAUCGUGGUUGGAGUGAUGACGAACCUGUGCUGUGAGACAACGGCUCGUGACGCGUUCGUUAGGGGAUAUAGAGUUUUUUUCUCUACGGACGCGACUGCGACGGUUAAUAAAGAGCUUCACGAGGCUACGCUGAUGAAUCUCGCUUAUGGAUUCGCUUAUCUCGUCGACUGCGAUGAACUCCGGCGAGGUCUGUCUACUCAGUAGUUGAUAAAUGAUAACUACGUCUACGUAUAUUGAGGAUAAGUCUCUAAUUUGAGAUAAGGUUUAGGGGUUUUUGUGAUAAGGCUUAUAAGCCUAAGUUUGUGUUG